CUGUACUCUGAGAUGGGGGCAGCUGUGUGUAUUCUGAGGGGGUGUCUUGUAUGGGAUUGUAUGAUGUUGGCAGUGUGUAUAAAGGCUGUAUUACAUAGGCAGAAUUUACAGGCGAUAAGGAAGGAAUCGCUUGCUGAGGAGACGGCUCCUAUUACAUGCAGCCAUCUUGUUCACACCACCGCUAUUUGUUUCUGUUCUGCUCCGUUAAAUGAGCAGAACAGCAAAAAUAGCGGAAGUUCUGGGUGGGGCACGUAAGAGUGUGUUUUUGUCACCAUAUACAUUGUCGGACGGCUCAGACAGAUGCCGUACUGUGGCCUCCGGCACCUUGGAGUUCCAUUGUAAAAAGUAAAGUAUAGUUGUUGUUUUUUGCAGGAGGGGAGAGUGUGGUGUACCACUGUUGCAGUUUGCAGUUUUCCUUCCUGAAAAACGAUGUAUAGGCUAACGUGUGUGUAUAUAUAUAUAUAUAUAUAUAUAUAUAUAUUUUUUUUUACACUAUGGUACCCUAUGGUGAUGGAUGCCACAGUAUGGCGUCUGUCUGAGGCACCUGCUAACAUAUAUACAUUUUUUGGGGCGUACAUUAAAUGUAUGACAAAAAUGUGACGUGAACCCGGCCUAACUGACAGGGAAGAAGCUGAACAGACCCCGCCGACUGUGAUGGAGUCCGUUCAGUUUCCAUUCGGGAUCUGACUUUAUACCAGACAAAAAGUGCUGCAGACAAGGCUUUUUUUUUGUCUGUGAUGGAAAAAUGAAUCCAGCCAGCAGUGGAGGCAACAUGGAGAAUCACAGUACAUUAAUAACACAUUUUUGAAUUGAGACCAUGCCCUCGUGCAUAAUAAAGGGUUGUACGAACACCUGGAGGGACAAAGGGAAAAAUAUGAUAAUGCAUGUUUUUCCGAAAGAUCGGGGAAUUGUCCGUAAAUGGAUUGAGCAGGCUCCCGAUCGUUUUCCCAACGUAGAAGAAUGGGUUGAAAAAAUCAUGGAUUCCAAAAAAACACAUGACAAUUACCGAUUGUGCUCUAAGCACUUUGACUUUUUUGCUUAUGAAGAAGGUGGCUUACGUAAAAAAUUACGUCCAGACGCUGUGCCCACCAUUUUUCCCAAAAAACUUGACCGUACACAGGAUUCGUCAGAUGCAACUGCAGGGACAGCGAAAGAAAGCCAAUCAACCUCGGAAUCAUUCAUGAGUUCGGACUCGCGAUUUGCUACCUCUUCUGCAAAUAUUUCUGAAGAAACAGUCAGUGGAGAAACUCAAGUUGCAGCUGUAACAGUGCCCACGUUACCGACUACGCCAUCUGUGAGAAGGAGACCUAAGAAAAAGGUUGCAAAUGUGCCUACUACCCAAGUUAGGUCAGAUGCUGUUAUUUCAACUGGUAACGUAAUUCUGAUGGGCGAAAUGAAUUUGCUUGGAAACACGAUACAACUGGACCUUCCAUUGACUGCUACCGUAACAGAUAUGGAUGCUCAGAUUGCUAGUCUGAGUCAGCCAUCAAAGGAGGAAAAAUCGACCAAUACAGACUUGUACUGGUCGAAAGAUCACAAUAAAUUUGUUUUAGAUACCAGCUUUGGUAAAAAAGUCAAUAUUGGUAUUCAGACGACAAAAAUUUACCAUCAACAACGUGGCACACAGUGCCGUUUAUUGGCGGACCCGGUCAAAAUUGGAAAGGCACCUGUUUCUAGAGAGAGGCCUGCCCUGUGGCACACAAGAGCAGAAGUAUACCAUGACCGGAUAAGGAAGGACCGAGCAUGGAAAAAAAUCGGCAAAGAGUUGCUACCAACAGCAUGGGACUCUGCAUCAGUGUCCAAGAAAGAAAAAAUAAUCCAGCAAAUAAAAAAAAGAUGGAAUACUUGCCGGAACCAAUUCCGGAGGAAAUUAAAUACGAGAGGCAAGAAGAAGAAGCCAUAUAUGUAUACCCGAUACCUUCAAUUUCUUAAACCAAUAAUGGAUUUAAGAAGAACUGUGGACAACCUAUCGGACAAUUCAAAUUCACAAGCACCAUCCUGCGAAUUGGAUGACAGACCAGGACUGUCCACAAAUACCCAAGCGAAAAUUGAACAGCCUGUGGCCAUGGGGGAAUCUUCUGUGUCUUCAGUUUCUCUCCUUCACCAGCCUCUGCAGGAAAGAUCAGAGAUUCAUGAAGAGGUCCAGGAUAAUAAUCCAGAAGUGGUCCAGGCUAUUCCAGAACCAGUCCAGGCCAAUCCUGAACCCAGCCAGCAACAAAGAGCAGCACCUGUUAGCCAUUCUUCUGGCAGACGAGGCCGAAAGGUCAUGGAGUAUCUAAACCGGAAUCGGUCUGACGCCAAGGAAGAAGCAACUUUAAAAGGGCUCGCUCCUUCCUUGUGCCGUGUGCCAGAAGAACGGCAAACACGGUGCCUUUCUGCAUUGGCCAUGGUAAUUGAUGAAUUUACGGGGCCUGCAGAGCCACAUGAAGUGCAUCACUUCUUAGAAAAAAGCAGAGACAAAAGAUUAAACGUAAUAACUCCUCAUUCCCGUCUUAACAGACCGGACACCCCAAUUUUGCACACCCCUGGCCCAUAUUCUAGGGAAUUAUUUGAAUUAUAACGUUUUAUUUAAACAAAAAGAUAUUAUCUUGUUA